AUGGCCGCCUCCACCACCGGUUCAGUUCCUCCGCAACCACCCUUGUUCCGAGCCAUCACAAGCUCCACGAGGCAGAUAUACCAACUUUUGAAAUGCAUCAGUUUCACUCCAAAAGCUCACGUUCAGAUCACCAAAGACGGCAUCAGGUUUGCCGCCGACCAUUCCAGAGUCAUGCAAGGAGUUGCAUUUCUGGACAAGGCCCUCUUCACCAAAUACUCUUUGACCCUCCCAGACAAUGAGGAUGUCGCUCUACCUCAGUUUCAGAUCAAUCUAGCCGCCUUUUUGGAAGCACUGCAAAUCUUUGGGGCCACGGAUGUGGCUGCCAGACAAGCCAAGGCCGAGGCCGAGUCAUACCGGAGCAACUUACGGAAUUACCGUCCGGACGCCUUCAAUCACCAGACCUUGGGCAUGCAAGGCACCUGUUCUCUUCUAUACGAGGAAGACGGUUCGCCACUCAGCAUCAUCAUGGAGGAGACUGGUGUCAAGACUCGGUGCAACAUGAUGACCUACACUCCGGAUCAGCCAGAUGAUAUCCCUUUCGAUCGAGAUGACUUGACCUUCAAGAUCAUUAUGCAGGCAAGAUGGCUGUUGGAUGCACUUUUUGAGCUAGCCCCCAUGUCACCUACGCGCAUCACUAUCACCGCUUUACCUAAUGCUCCAUACCUGAGUCUCUCCAGUGGCGGAUCCCUCGGCAGCGCAAGUGUUGAUUUCUCCAGUGGGCGAGAUCUCCUUGAGACCUUCUCCGUCCGGGAGAAGUGGGCACAAGGUUUCAAGUUCGAUCUUAUCAAGUCCGCUAGUGAAGCGAUGCGCAUAGCAAGCAAAGUCAGCUUCCGUGGCGACGGCCAAGGUGUCCUGAGUCUGCAGUUUAUGGUCGAGGUUGAGGGUGGCGCUGUCAGCUUCUUAGAUUUCCGAUUUGUCCCUUACGCCGAGAACACAAUGGACGAUGAGGACACCAACUCUGACGAGAAUAUGUUCGAUUGA